AUGGCUUCCAAAAUGGCAUUCAAGACGACUUUCGAGCCGGAAAAAGUCAUCCAACCAAUCUUUACCGGCGGCUCCAUUGCACUGGACAAUAAAGCUCAGAUCCUGGCCUCUACUCUAGGAGAGGAUGCAGUGCUGACCGACAUCACCACGGGGCAGCACCUUGCCACGAUAGAAGGAGAUGGCGAACCAAUAUCUACUCUCACUCUCACACCUUCUUCAUCACACUUGAUCAUAAGCUCGCGGUCGCUCUCCCUAAGAAUUUACGCCCUCACUCUUGACCCCGACAACGCCUCGGUCGAGGCGACGCUCACGCGAACCCUCAAGCCUCAUGGCACCCCUGUGGUUGUCCUGGCCGUCGACAGGACCAGCACGCUUCUUGCCACUGGCGCCGCCGACGGAGCGAUCAAAGUCUGGGACAUAGUUGGCGGAUACGUCACGCACACCUUCCGUGGACCAAGCGUACUAGUCUCGGCCCUGCGCUUCUUCGAGGUCGCCGCCGCCACGGCCGAGGACACCAAAGGCCAGAAAAAGAAGAAGGGCAAGAAGGGACAGGCCGCGGAGGAGGCGCAGAGCGACGCCAACUCCACAACCGUCAACUUCAGGCUGGCUUCUGGAAGCCAGGAUGGAAGGGUACGAGUCUGGGAUUUACACAAGCGCGCUGCGAUUGGAGACCUCGAGUCGCAUGUCUCGGACGUGACGGCCAUCGACUACUCGGCUCAGGAGAACAGCCUCAUCACUGCCAGCAGAGAUAAGACGAUCAUCUGGUGGGAUGUUAGGACCUGGCAACCCAGGAAGAUUGUGCCUAGCUUGGAGCUAGUCGAGGCUGCUGGCUUUCUUGACGACGGCCGCUUGGCCUACUCUGCAGGUGCCAACGGCUGCGUGCGUCUAUGGGAGUCUGAGACUGGCCGCGAAGUUACAAAGGAGCAGACCCCAAGGACCGAAGGAGAGGCCUUUGUCGGCGCGGUUCAUUGUGCACAGAAGUCGCUCCUUGUCUGCGUUCAGUCAGAUCACACGCUCGUCCUGUACACAACCCCGACCGUCAAUUCAGACACCAUACCAGAGCUCGAACCCCUGAGCCCCUCUCGCAGGAUAUCAGGAACUCAUGAUGACAUUAUAGAUCUUGGCUAUCUACUCCCAGACAGAUCUCUGAUGGCCCUAGCUACGAAUUCUGAGGAGGUUAGGGUAGUCUCGGUUGCCCAAGAAGCAGAGGGAUCGACUUACUUUGGCCAGGAUGUCACUGCGCUCAAGGGCCACGAGGACAUUGUCAUCGCCUUGGACACGGACUGGUCUGGACACUGGCUCGCAACGGCGGCCAAGGACAACACGGCUCGCUUGUGGAGGAUCGACCCAGCAAACGACUCCUUUACUUGCUACGCCACUUUCACCGGCCACGCCGAGUCUUUGGGCGCAAUCGCACUCCCGAGGAGCAUACCACCCAAAUCGUCACAGGCAUACACUGACCCCUUGAGCCACCCUCCAUCUUUCUUGAUUACAGGGUCGCAAGAUCUUACGGUGAAAAAGUGGGAGGUCGCAGGUAUUGCGCAACAGGGCUCGAAGAAGGCAUCGCGGGCAGCCUUCACCAGGAAAGCACACGAAAAGGACAUUAAUGCCGUGGACAUAAACAGCUCGGGGCAACUGUUCGCCUCGGCGUCUCAGGAUAAGGUGGUCAAGAUAUGGAGUGUCCAAGAGGGCGAGGUCCAGGGUAUUCUCAAGGGUCACAGAAGGGGAGUCUGGUCCGUCAGAUUCGCCCCGGUCGACAUGCCCAUCCUGCAGGGCGAGGACGGUGCCACGUCCGCUGGCAAGGGCAUCGUACUGACGGGAAGCGGUGACAAGACCAUCAAAAUCUGGAGCCUCACGAGCUAUGCCUGUAUUCGCACGUUCGAGGGCCACUCUAACAGCGUGCUGAAGGUGAUCUGGCUCCCGAUACCCAGCACCAAGGAGGAAAACGAGGCAACCAAGAAGAGGCCAGUGCAGUUUGCCAGUGCAGGUGGCGACGGCCUUGUCAAGGUCUGGGACGCAAACACGGGAGAGUGCGCUUCAACUCUUGACAAUCAUACCGACCGCGUUUGGGCGCUAGCAGUGAAGCCCGGCAGCCAGAGCGGCAGCACCGAUGAUGCCCAAGAUGUUGACAUGGAGAACGGCGACGACGAGCCAGUCGGUGAUGCGCCUGUGCUUGCUUCCGGAUCGGCCGACUCGACAAUCACAUUUUGGCGCGACACGUCGUCAAUGACACAGCUUGCUGCAGCGAAAGCCGCAGACGAGCUCGUCGAGAAGGAGCAGGAGCUGCAGAACCACAUGCGGGCGGGCCACUACCGCGAGGCCAUCGUACUGGCCCUCCAGCUCAACCACCCGGGCAGGCUCUUGUCCCUCUUCAAGACGGUCAUGGAGGAGGGUAGCAACCCGGCGACAGCAGAGAUGCGGCUAGAGGAGGACAGAAAAAGCCUAACCGGCAGGGCGGCCGUCGACGAGGUCAUCGCCACGCUGUCGGACGAGCAGCUCUCGGUCUUGCUCCUGCGCCUGCGCGACUGGAACGCCAACGCGCGGACCGCGCCCGUCGCCCAGCGGAUCCUAUCCGUCGUUGUGCGCAGCUACCCAGCCUCGAGGCUCGCGGGCCUGGCCGUGGCCAGGCGUCGGGCCGUGGGUGGAAAGGGAGUGGGAGAAGUGCUGGAUGCGCUAAAGGCUUACACCGAACGCCACUACCGGCGUCUGGAGGAGCUGGUGGACGAAAGUUACCUGGUCGAAUAUACCCUGCAGGAGAUGGACAGCCUUGCGCCGCCGAUGGAUACGCAGCAUGAUAUGGCGGCGAUCGAGGAGGCAUCGAGAGAUGUUGUCAUGCUGGAAACAUAG